AUGGAUUUUGAAGAUAGAUUCAGAAAUCAGGAGGCAGAAAUCAGACAACUAAAAGCUGAUUUACUUAAAUUUGAAAUAGAAAAGGAUGGAUUAAAAUCAUUAACUAUCGCUUUAAAAGAACGUAUAUUAGAGUUACAAGGGACGGGAAACGUGGAUGAUAUAGAAAUUAAAACUUUAAAAAAUGAAAAUACCAAGUUGCAACUUAAAUGUGUAAAUUAUUAUCAAGAAAGAGAGGAUGCUUUAAGUUUAAAUUAUAUGUUGAGUGAAGAACUUAAACGGUUACAAGAAACAAUGGGAGUUAUUCCUAAUAUUACUUAUGGUGAAACAAGUCAUGGAUCUUGCGUAUGUGAUUCAUGUGGAUGCAGAAUCAAAGGAACGCGCUAUAAAUGUGGGCAUUGCCCAGAUUUUGAUUUGUGUAGUUUAUGCGAAGGCACAUUUCAUAAUCCAAACCACAUUUUUAUAAAGAUCAAACGACCUGUUUCUAUUGAAAUGGAAUCAGAUAUACAAUUACUUCCAGAAUUUAGAUUUAGAACCACAGGAGUUCCAAAGCAUACAUCGGUAAAAUGUGAUUUAUGUGGUAAAAAUCCAAUUUGUGGAAUUAGAUACAAG